CAACAAAAAAGUGGCAAAAAAUAAAUACACUCGUUUUGUAGAGAAACGCCAAAAAUCGGCGAAAAGAUUGCAACAUAAAAAUCAGAGCGUCAGGCGGUCGCACGAUUUAGUUAGUCACCGACAGCAGCGGCAAGCGAAUCGCUCAGAAUUGAGGCAGCACUCGGAAUUGGAAUAGUUGUGGAAUAGUAUAAACAUGGCUAAGACAGCGGCAAUUGGCAUCGAUCUGGGCACCACGUUCUCCUGCGUGGGCGUUUGGCAGAACAAUAAAGUGGAGAUCAUAGCCAACGAUCAGGGAAAUCGUACAACGCCCUCCUAUGUGGCCUUCAAUGACACCGAGCGACUAAUUGGCGAUGCCGCCAAGAAUCAGGUUGCGAUGAAUGCCAAGAAUACGGUAUUCGAUGCGAAACGUUUAAUUGGACGCAAGUACGAUGACCGGAAGAUACAGGAAGACCUAAAGCACUGGCCUUUCAAGGUUAUCAGCGAUGCUGGCAAGCCGAAAAUUGAGGUUGAGUUCAAAGGCGAACGCAAGCGCUUUGCACCCGAGGAGAUCAGCUCGAUGGUGUUAACCAAGAUGCGUGAGAUCGCCGAGACUUAUCUGGGUACAAAGGUAAAGGAUGCGGUGAUUACGGUGCCCGCCUAUUUCAACGACUCACAGCGUCAAGCGACCAAAGAUGCUGGCUCCAUAGCUGGCCUGAAUGUGCUGCGUAUCAUCAAUGAGCCGACGGCUGCCGCUUUAGCCUAUGGCCUGGACAAGAAUCUCAAAGGGGAGCGUAAUGUGUUGAUUUUUGAUUUAGGCGGUGGCACCUUUGAUGUCUCCAUACUGACCAUCGAUGAGGGUUCAUUGUUUGAGGUCAAGGCGACGGCUGGCGAUACCCAUCUGGGUGGCGAAGACUUUGACAAUCGUCUAGUCAAUCACUUUGUGGAGGAGUUCAAGCGCAAGCACAAGAGCAAUAUAGCCAGCAAUGUUCGAGCUCUGCGACGCCUGCGCACGGCUUGUGAGCGGGCCAAGCGGACGUUGUCCUCCAGCACUGAGGCGUCCUUGGAGAUUGAUGCACUGCACGAGGGCAUUGAUUUCUAUUCAAAGAUAUCGCGUGCCCGCUUCGAGGAACUGAACAUGGAUCUGUUCCGCUCGACGCUGGAGCCGGUGGAGCGUGCCUUGAACGAUGCCAAAAUGGACACAAAGGCCAUACACGAUGUGGUCCUGGUCGGUGGCUCCACUCGCAUACCGAAGAUACAGCGCCUGCUGCAGGACUUCUUUGGCGGCAAGCAAUUGAACUUAUCCAUCAAUCCGGACGAGGCGGUGGCCUAUGGUGCUGCCGUUCAAGCAGCCAUUCUCACCGGCGUCGGCAGCUCGCAGAUUCAGGAUCUAUUGCUGGUGGAUGUCACGCCACUUUCGCUGGGCAUUGAGACUGCUGGCGGCGUGAUGACCAAGCUGGUGGAGCGCAAUGCUCGUAUUCCGUGCAAACAGCAGCAGACGUUCACCACGUACAGCGACAAUCAGAAUGCGGUCACCAUUCAAGUGUACGAGGGUGAGCGGGCCAUGACCAAGGAUAACAAUCUGCUGGGCACUUUCAAUCUGACUGGGAUACCGCCAGCGCCACGUGGUGUGCCCAAAAUCGAUGUGAGCUUUGAUUUGAACGCUGAUGGCAUUUUGAAUGUGGGCGCCAAGGAUAACAGCACCGGCAAAUCGGAGAAGAUCACCAUAACAAAUGACAAGGGUCGACUCUCCAAGGCCGAGAUCGAUCGCAUGCUGUCCGAGGCGGAGAAGUACAAGGACGAGGAUGAUCGUCAGCGCGAUCGUGUGCAAGCCAGGAACACACUGGAGGCCUACAUAUAUGGCUGCAAACAGGCCGUGGAGGAAUCGCCCGCUGGCGUCCUCAGCGACUCCGACAAGUCUACGGUGCGUGAUAAGUGCAGCGAGGAGACCAAAUGGCUGGACGGUAAUUCGCUGGCCGAGAAGGAGGAAUACGAGCAUCAUCUUAAGGAUUGCCAGGGCGUCUGCGCACCCAUCAUGUCCAAGCUGCAUGGCCAGUCAUCGAAAGCCGGCAAACAGACGGGCAGCGGAUCCGGACCCACCGUCGAGGAGGUUGACUAAUUCGACACUGAAUAUUUUAGUAUUCGGAACUUAUGCACAUUAACAUUAUAAAACACCAUAAAAUCACUCGGCUCGAAAAAGAAAUUCCCUGUUCUUAUAUAACACAUAUCAUAUUCGUUCCUAAAAAGAUAUAAAAAUUAAAAGAAAAGAAUCAUUUUCUUUCAUAGGAAAUGUUAUUUUGGAAAAUAUAAUGGUCAAUUCUCACAAAAUGUAUUUCAAUAAAUAAUUAACAAAU